AUGGCUGUUGGCAAGCAAGAUCGCCAGGCGGGCUCCAGGCUCUCCCGGCCUCAAGUUUUCCUCAGUUAUCCUUCCUGGAGCAUGAACCCAGAAGGGCUGAGAGGAGUGAGGGGAGAGGAGAUAGGGGAGGGCGGGGGCUGGAAGGGAGCCAAGUUCACCGACGCCAGCCAACGUUGUCUGGAGAGCGAGCGGGGCAGUCCGUCCGUCAGUCCGGCUGGCUGGCUGGGGCCCGGGGGCGGGUGGGUGCGCGCGGAGCCGCCUUUUCCGCUGGGUGUCACUCUGGGGCGGGAGGGAUGGCCCAUUCAAAAGCACAGGGAGGGGGCAGCGCCACUCGUCUCCAGUGAGCGGCUAGCUCGGAAGGGAGGGAGGGCAGACAGCAGCCGCAGCAGCAGCAGGAGCCGAGCCCAGACAGGACUCCAGGACGCAGCUCCCCGGCGCCCAAGCCGCCCUGCCUGCGUCCUCCUGCUCAGCCUCCUCUACCCUUUCCGCUUGGGCGGCCGCGGGAGCCGCUGUGGGGAGGACGGCGCCCGCCUGCUGCUGCUGCCCCCGGCGCCAGCGGCUGCGAGGCGAGGAGGACGGGGAGGCCAAGGAGCAGGAGAGGCGGCUCGGAGGAGCAGGGGCGGCGGAGGCGGCGGCCACCCCUAUGCCGAGAGGAUGCUGGAGAGCAGCGGCUGCAAAGCACUGAAGGAGGGGGUGCUGGAGAAGCGCAGCGACGGGCUGCUGCAGCUGUGGAAGAAGAAAUGCUGCAUCCUCACCGAGGAGGGGCUGCUGCUCAUCCCCCCCAAGCAGCAGCAGCACCAGCAGCAGCACCACCACCAGCAGCAGCAGCACCAGCAGCAGGCGGCGGCGGCCGAGCAGCCCCAGCCCAGUCCCCCGGCCGCAGUGGCCGCCGGUCUCGAGCCGCCCGCCAAGCUCAAGGAGCUGCAUUUCUCCAACAUGAAGACGGUGGACUGUGUGGAACGCAAGGGCAAGUACAUGUACUUCACCGUGGUCAUGGCCGAGGGGAAAGAGAUCGACUUUCGCUGCCCCCAGGACCAGGGCUGGAACGCCGAGAUCACGCUGCAGAUGGUGCAGUACAAGAAUCGCCAGGCGAUCCUGGCCGUGAAGUCCACCCGGCAGAAACAGCAGCACCUGGUCCAGCAGCAGCAGCAGCAGCAGCAGCAGCACCAGCACCCCCCACGGGACCCGCACCCGCAGCCCCCGCAGCAGCAGCUGCCGCCACCUCAGCAGCCCUGCCACCGCCUCCUCCGCAGCACCUCCAACUCCGCCUGAGAGGGUAGAGGGCAGCUCCCCCCUCACUCCGAGCUGGACCAGGUUGAACUAAAGAACUCUUCGGCAAGAUGGGAAGAUCCCGUUUUGGUUGGCUUCGGUUGAUCGGGAACCUCAAAGAAACAAAUCCCCCGGACCCCAGCCAAGCUUAGGUAUCUUGGACCUCACCUCUGUGGUAACCUGUGACUCGCCCCCCAUCCCAAUUAGUUUUCUGCACGGGCCUCCUCAUGUUGCAGGGAAGAAUUUCGAGUCAUGAAGACUUCGACUAUUAUUUAUGAACCUUGGAGAGGCUCUUCUAGAAUGGCUCCGCUUCUAGGAGAGAUGAUGUACUGUAAUUUUAUUUUAUGUAUUUUAAUUUGCAAUUAUUUAUUAGUUUUUUUAAAUGCUUGUUCUCAGACAUUUCUGAAUGUAGGCCACUUUCCAGAAAUGAAACGUUUUGUCAAAUUCCAUUUGCUAAUAAUAAUAAGCCCCCACCCUUGGAGAAGUGGGAAGGUGAAGGCAAAGGGGACAGGAAGAGACAUUGAGAAUCCAUUUAUUUAUUUCAAGGAGACUUUAAUAAGGAUACUGUUUGUGAUGACUGAUGGAUGGUUUGUCAUGCCAAGUCCACGCGCCUUGACAUUUAAGUUUUUUAUUUGGUUCUCCCCUAGAGCUCUAUUUUGGGUAGAAAUUC